CGCUCGCGAUCUUCUCUCGGCGGUUGACCCCCGCUUGGCUAGCUUGAGUCUAACUGGCACCCCGUAGCUGCGGCAAGAUGCGGCGAGUGGCUGCGACCCUCCUCCUGUCGCUCACUUCACUGUUCGCCUUCGCUCAAACGGAAGGCCCGGAGUUCAUAUACGAAGUCGCUUGCGAUCUCAUCGCCGACGGGAUUUCCCAUGAGUCGGAUGUGUACUACCCUGACACGAAGCAAUAUGCUACCGAUAACUCCCAUUGGGCACUGUCUAGUACAAUCAAUUCGACCUGCACAGUGGAGCCUGGAACUGCUGAAGACGUCGGCAAAAUACUACUGGUGUUGGGUCUGACCCGAACUCCCUUUGGUAUCAAAGGUGCAGGUCAUACUGCUAACCCGGGCUACUCUGCUACUCCCGGGGUGCAGAUCGCUAUGACGCGCUUCACACAAGUCACAUAUGAUGCAGAGGCAGGAGUAGCAGGCGUCGGAGCGGGUAACAUUUGGGAUAAUGUUUACGCCGGCCUUGAGCCGUACAACGUAGGUGUAGUUGGCGGGCGAGUUAGCGGUAUCGGCGUGGCGGGCUUCACUCUGGGUGGAGGUUACUCGUUCAAGUCAAACCAAUACGGGCUGACUAUCGACACGGUGGUCGGUUUCGAGGUCGUACUACCUUCCGGCAUCGUAGUAAACGCAACUGCCAGUGAGAAUCCCGAACUUUUCUUCGGACUGAAGGGUGGCUUCAAUAAUUUCGGUAUUGUGACGACAUUUUACCUUCAAACACACCCGCAGACUGAGGUUUGGGGCGGAAUCAUCAUCACCACGAAUGUCGAUGAUGAUGUGGUCGCUGCGACACAGAAGUUCUACGACAACGUGAACGAUCCCAAGGCUGCAAUCCUAACGACGUUCAAUUACGACGCAUCCAUUGGGAUGAAUAUCACCGAAAUGACCCUGUACUAUAAUGCCCCGACGCCACCGGAAGGGAUGUUUGACGACUUCCUCGGUCUUACUUCGAUAUCCCAAAACAUAUCUACGAGAUCCUAUCUGUCCCUCAUUCUCGCGACGAUAGAGGGCUCGAAUGGUCUGCGGGGUUAUUUCCACACGGUCUCGCUGUACGAUUACUCUACGACGCUGCUCAACGCCAUUGUGAAUGAAACCCAGUUCUGGCGAGGUCAACUCGAGUCGGACGUCCCGGAACUUUUCAUCAGCUACGACGUCGAGCCAAUCCUGCCAAGUGUAUUCUCACACGGUACCGACUCAGCCUGGCCUCCUAGUCGUGAAAACGGCAUCCUGCCUCUGAACAUCUACUACGCAUGGGCGUCACCGGACAACGAUACGCUCAUCAACCAGAUCAUGGUGCAAAGUGCCGAGUACCUGACUCAAAUCGCCGUAGCUGAAGGCCAGGACAUCGCGCAGACGUCGCUGUAUCCGAACUAUGCCAUCUACAACACGACGAUGGAGCGGAUAUACGCUGGUAAUCUCCCCAGGCUGCGGGAAGUCAAAGCCAAGUAUGAUCCAUUCAACGUCAUGAGUCUUUCUGGCGGGUGGAAGUUCUAAGCUUCUGAAGGAGACUGGCCGGAUGGUUGUAUAUAUGUCCUUUGGACGAUAAUCACGUUUCUCCGUUAAAUCAUAUAGCAACUAUUUCGUCCUAUUGCAGCUUCGGUAUGUUUGCCAACAUUCGUGAGCCCACAUGCGCCCACAGACGAUCG